AACAAUGUAAUGUGAAGUUGACAGCAGAGAGGUGGACUGAAGCUUAUCUACUGCUUCCACCAACACGAACAAAGUAAUGUGAAGUUGACAGCAGAGAGGUGGACUAGAAUCUUAUCUACUGCUUCCACCAACACGAACAAUGUAAUGUGAAGUUGACAGCAGAGAGGUGGACUGAAGCUUCUGCAAGAAUUGGAAUGACCUGAGGUUGAGCUUGCUGCCGGAAUUGAUGACAGAACUGAGCUUGCUGCUGGAAUUGAUACACACACUGAAAUUCUGGAGUCUCCUGCCUUCGCAACCACGUCGAUAGGAGGUCUCCUCUGAGGAAGGGACGGAGAUGGGAGAUGAGACCUUGCCGGAGAAGAUGAAGAACCAGCAACCAGCCGGAGAAGAAGAAAGAACACCGACGCCUCCUUCGCUCCCUGGAGUUGUUCUGCGUUCACAACCACGUUCGCAGUUUAUACGCUGAUUAGGGAGGAAAGAGGAGGGACCACCGGAGCAGAACCACUCCGGUGAAAAACCUAGGUUUAAUCUCACCUUGCCGUCGCUGAUUGGAGUAGAUCGGGAGGAAACUCGCCACGCUAGAGCAGAAACCUUUCGCCGGCAGAGGACACUGAGAUGAGGUCGUCGCCUUCACAGGAUUCGCUGGAGAUGCGCCCAGUGCUCGCCCGAAGUGGAGGAGAAUCAUUUUCUUCAGGGCAGGUUAAGCUUCUUGCAGCCGUGCUUCUACUACAACUAUGUUAUGCAGGUUACAAUAUAGCUGCUAAGGUUGCACUCGACAAGGGCAUCGGCCAAUUUGUCUUUCCAGUGUAUAGGAAUGUUAUCGGUUUCUCGUUGCUAGCUCCAUUUGCAUACUUUCUCGAGAAGGAAGACCGACCAUCUUUAUCUCUUUCUUUGCUGUUUCAAUUCUUCCUUCUUGCAUCCUUUGGGAUUACAAUCAAUCAAGUAUGUUUCCUCAUCGGCUUACGCUAUGUGCCCACAACUUAUGCCGCUGCGAUCCAGAAUUUGGGCCCGGCACUCACAUUUGCCAUGGCUGCGGCUCUCGGGCUUGAGCAAGUCCACAUCGCAAAGAGAUACGGGUUAGCAAAAGUGCUCGGCACGGUUACUAGCAUAGGAGGUGCCACUGUCAUCACUCUAUACAAGGGUCUUCCCCUACUGCCUCACCCUCUUUCGACAAAUGUUUUAGCCACUCCCCUAAUUUCAAACUCUAUACUACACUGGACAGUGGGUUGUGCCUACAUACUUGGAAAUUGCGUUACAUGGUCUGCCUGGAUGGUGCUUCAGGUUCCAGUGGUGAAGAAGUACCCAGCUAAGCUCUCAUUUAGUGCCUUCAUCUGCUUCUUCGGGUUUCUGCAAUGCCUUGUCAUAGCAUGCAUUUCUGAAACUGACAGUGAGAAGUGGAAAGUGCAUUCAGUAGAACAGCUCUGUGCAAUUCUCUAUUCAGGGCUUGUUGUGUCGGGCAUUGCCAUUGCUCUUCAGAUAUGGUGCAUAGAUAAAGGGGGUCCUCUUUUCACUGCUGUCUUCGGGCCAGUGCAAGUUGUGGCUGUGGCCAUAGUGUCGGUUCUCAUCUUCAACGAUCAGUUAUACUUGGGAGGGGUUGUUGGAUCAGUUCUCAUAGUGUUUGGGCUGUACUUGGUUCUAUGGGGCAAAAAGGAGGAGAAAGUUUCGAAUCAGGACAUGAGCCAAGGGCUACAGAUGCAUGCCCUCCAAAUCGACCCUUGCGAGUAGGAACUCACAAGACAAGCUAUCGACUAUUCAAGUGCGAAGGUAGUUCAUAAACAUCUUUUCCGCAACUAUGAACUGAGUUACAAUGUUGAUUUCUAUAAUAUGUUAUUCAGUAACACAAACGAUAAACAUUGCGAAGUCAAGAUGAACUAAUAAUGUUUGAGUUAGUAAAAUUCUGAUUACAACUAUUUUUCCCCCCUUCA